AUGGCUUCGGGCGAUGGCCCUCCGCUGUCCAUGCGACCCUUCCCCGUCGCCGACAAGAGCCCCAAGAACCUCGCCGACUUCAUUGCCCGCGUCAAUGCCCUGCCGGGGGGCUUCCGCUCCGUCACGGAGACGAGCCUGGAGGAGGACAUCCACGCGCGCAACGAGACCGAUGGCGAGGACGUUGACAUGUCGAGCGAUGCCGACGACGACAACGACGAUGAUGACGACGAGGAUGCGAGCGCCAAGGAUCCGGUUGUCGCGCGCAUGGAGGUUCUCAAACACAUAGACAUCGCAAGCAACACGGCCAUGCUCACGCUCGACUCCCUCUCCCUGCUGCUCUCCAAGCAGCACCCGACGCAGGCCGGCCUCACACUCAGCCAGCAGCUGCGCGACAUGGUCGGCAUUGGCACCCUCGGCGCCGACCGCCUCGACGACGCCAACACGACGCCCGCCAAAACCGCCGAUCAGGCCGCCGUGGCCCUCGGCUGGACCCUCACGGAAAUCAACCGCGCGCGCGACGCCGCCGACGACGCCACCGCCUUCCUGACGGCCGAGAUGGCCGCCGAGGGCCGCUACUGGGAGGGUGUCAUGGGCAUCCGCCAGGCCGGCUGGUCUGUCUGCCGCAUGCCCCAGGAGCGGCAGACGCUCGGCGUGCGUUUCGGCUUCUCCGAGGCCGCCGCCGACUUUAAGCGCAACGGGCUGGCGCCGAUUCGGCGCGGCGACGACGGCGAGGCAAGGCUGGACAUCGGCCGGCUGGGCGGCACACCAGAGCGCCUCGUCGUGACGUAUGAGCGCAACGGGCAGGUCGUGGGCCGCGCGGCGCCGCAAGAGCUUGGCGACGAAGAAGAGUGUCUCGAAGCACGCGUGCUGGGUGCCCGGAAUACAAUCUUUGCACAGGAGCUCUGGCACGAACUCACCCGCGAGGCGCGCUCCCUCGCAGCGUACGACGUACAUCCCGACGGCGAGAAGCGCCUCGUGUGCGCCGUAGACGGCGAAAACGCGCGCAUCAUCAUCGAGCUGCUUCCCGUCGCCGACUGCCAGCACCCCGCCGACGAGAAGCAGCUGCCCGAAGACACCACCGCGCAGGCCAUUUCACUCGCGCUGCACAUCCUCCUCACCUACGCCCACCGCUGCAACGAGCUCCUCCGCAUCCGCCCUUUACCGCCACACAUCCCGCGCACGCGAGGCCAGCAAAUAUACACCCUGCUGCGUCCCAUUGUCGCGCGCCUCCUGUUCGCGCGGCACGCCGCCGCCUGCACCGCCCUCGUCGGCAGCCUGACGCGGACGCUCCGCAGUGCCGGCCUCGCCGCCUCGUCCUUCACGCUGCGCACGCCGCAGCCCACCGUCGCCGACCUCGCCACCGCGGGGCCCAACCAGCCCUCGGCCGCCGUCAACCUCGUCCGCGCCAUGCUGCAGCCGACCGACUUUGCGCUCGAGAUUGCGCUCCUUCCGGACGUUGCAUUCACCGUCCGCGGCCGCACGUACCUCGCGCCCGUCACGGCCACCUACUACCACGUGCUCGCGCCCGCCGACGCCGCCAUCCACACGCUCUGCGCGCCGUACGCAGACGGCUAUCCGGAGCUGCAGGCGCUGUCCGACUAUCUAUGCAUGGCGGCGACGCGGGCGCUCGCCGCGCAUCACGGGGAGAAGCUCAAGGCGGCGUCGACGGGAGAAGGGGGGGAGGCGUGGGCGCUGGGCGUGCACGGCACGAGAAUCAGAAAUACAAAGGACCUGGAUAGGUCGCAGCUUGACUUUGCUGUCACGCAGGAGGCGGAUGGCAAUCUGCAGCUAAAGGUCUCGAGUGUGCCGAGCGGCGGCGCUGCGUCGUUGUCAUCAACGGACGGUGAAGCAGCACCGCCCAAGGCCUCUGCCGCCGCCGCUGCAGGGCAGUCGUGGACGUGGACGUCCAGCAAGGACAGCUCUGCACAGGAGACGCUAGAAGCUGUGGUGGAAAAAAUCCUCAAGAACUGA